GCCAGAGUGCUCGCACAUCAGCUGGUUAGCUUAUACCAAGCACUGCCAUUAUUUUAGGUCAAUCGUCUUUGGAGAGAAUUUUAAUUUGUAUCCUUAAAUUGUAAAAUCUUUCAUAUUGGACGGCAGUGAUAGUGCGUGCUGAAAAAGAAGAAAAUGGAGGCAGAGCCCUUGGAGCUCGAGGAUGGGGAAGUUGUGGACGACGAGACUAUCGAUGACUUCAACACAUACAACGUUUUACAAAGACCUCAUAAUGCUCCACCGGUGGAGGAAACAUCAAAGAUGGGCUACAGCGAUGAAUCAGAUGAAACCACAGAAUCAGAAAGCGAUUCUGAUUCGGAUUCAGCACACACAAGAGCAAAGAGGCCAAAAAUCAAAAUAAAGCGAUGCAAAACUAAAUCACAAUAUUGGAGGUCACGGAAUGACAAAUAUAAAGUAUGGUGUACACAAGUGCAAGAAGAAGCAUUAACAGAAAACUUAGUGUCCUGCGGAGUUACCAAAAGAAUUUGUCAAGGACGCAGUGUUGAAAAUUAUGACUUUACUCUACGAAAUACGUUGAAUGGCACAGAAGCUUCGACCAAUAAUAGUUCCGAUGAUGAAAGAGAAGUGGAGCAGCGGCUAACAAACAAAAGAACAAAUUCUGACAGGCGAAACAUCAAAUUAAGAUUAGGUAAAAGAAGAAACUCAAUGGAAGUGGAUGGACAAAAAGGUUCUGUCAGAAUGAUAUCUGAUUUGAGUAUAACAGCAGAAUCAACAGAUUCAGAGGUUGCAAUAGACAUAACAGCAAAACUCAAUGAGAAUAAGGAUCUUCUCAUAAGAAGGGUAGUUGAUAUAAUAGGAAAAGAAAAAGCCAUAGACUUUUUUCAAAAAACAAAGAAAAUUGAAGAGGAUGGUGGUAUGCUGAUCAUGAAUGGUUCACGUAGAAGAACAGCCGGAGGAGUCUACCUAUGGUUAGUAAAGAAUGACGAGCACAUCCCUCAGGAAAAGAUACGGGAAAUAUUUUACAUGGACAAAAAGGAGCAUGCGGAACUGCAAAAGAAAGCAGACGCAUGUGCAAGACGACAGAAAACGCAAGAAUUAAUGAGAAGCCUUGAAAAUGGCUCCGAGAAGGACCUACCGGCAUUAUUAACGCGUGCAGAACUUUCAACACGACAGAUCGCAGAAGAAGCGCGUUUGAGACGUGGCGAGGGUAUGGACAGAACGCCCUUGCAUUCUGAUCGUACAGUAUCCAAUCCUCCGCCAAGUCCUGUAACAGACGACCCCGAUCAUUCCGAACAUCUCACGACGCAAAGGCAAGUGCAAGAUUACUCAAAUGACUUUCUUGAUAUCGGCGUCGAUGUUGACAGCAUGGAAUUGUUCUGAACAUUUUAAUAAGAUUUCUCGCCGCACCGGUCUUGUCUUCGAUUUGUAAAAAAAAUAUAAAGAAAAUUUAAAAAAGAGAAACAACUGAAUGAACAAGUUGCACGAUUAGUAUAUUUUUUAUGUGCGUACAGAUUUGUAUAGUUCAAAUAUCAUUUCAUCGUAUUCAUAGCUGGAAGACGUAUUUUACUUGAAAAAAUACGUCCAUUUGACUAGCGUAAAUUUUCAUUAGGCGUAUAAUACGUAUGUAAUAUAUAUCUAAAGUACAUAGCACGAAGCUCGGUCAGUUAUUUUUUUAUGACAACCCACACGAUCUUGUGAAAUAACGAUUUGUAACUAUGAGUGUACUUGUGACUAAGUGUGUACAGGAGUGAAUAACAGGCAAAGUAUGAAACGCGGUCAGGUGGCAGACAAAAAUAUGGAAAACAUACCUUUAACAAGAUCGACUACAGAAAAUAAUCACUUUAUGUACAUAAAAUUUGGAUACAAUAUAUGAAACAUUGAAAAUUAUAAAUCAAACAGUCGUUUAUAAAAUAUUCUAGAAUUAAUAUUCUGUACAGAACCUCCCUCAUCGAAUUCCCACUCAAUAGGAGACUGCAGUGCAAUUGUUGCCAAAGAAUUGCAUCAGUGCGUCUUUUUUUUAUAAACGUAUAAAGUAUAUACUCUUAAUUUUGGAAGAAUGAUCAUAGAGUCAGUGUAGAUUGUGAAGAUACAAUUCACUCUCUACCUUUAUUUGUAAUUUUAUAGAAUAAGCCAUGUCUCAAUUUGAAUUAAUAGCACUUUGUGUAUACUUGGCUUUUUUUUAACUAUAAUGUACUUGCUACAUAGUUAAACCGGCCUGAUUCAUCUAAGGCUCGAACAAAUUAAUCCCUUACAUGCUCUGAUAAUUCACUGUCUGCGGUACAGUGAAAUUUUAAUAGUUUUUCAUCCUAUAGAUUUUUAUACUCGAGAUAGACAAUGCUCUUGUGCUAUUAAUAUCUUAAAGCCUUAAUUUUAUAGAUCUUAAAGGAUGAAGAAUGAGGGUAGGCACAGAAGUGUAGGUAGACAGAGCAAGUAAGCUAGUCGAUACUUCUGAAUUGAGACACGGCUAAGACUAUGAUUCAUGCUAUAACCAUAACAUGAGAUAUGUACGUUGUAAAUGAGUAAUUAAUUAUCUGAUCAAAUAUAAGACGCACCCUUAAGCAUUUGGAUUUUUGUAUAAUAAUCGUUUGGAUACAGAAUUUUCGUAUAUUAUAAACUAACUGUACGAAGAUUAAAUCAAUAACUUUAUCAGAGAAAAAAGUUAUAAACCUACUAGCAGUCUCCUAGCUGAAACUGUAUUAUAAUGACCCAUAUUAAGAGUUGACACUGGGAAAAGUUUAUCUUGUAAGAACAGGACAAGUCAUUUCACAAAUUUAUGACUAAGGACAAUUCAGCAUCCUAUAAAGAAUUUAUUCAAUACGUAACCUCCUCACUUGACAUGUGAUUCGGAUCAUAAAUUUAUGAAAUAGACUGUAAUGGAUGUGCCGAAGAGUUAAGACUGGAGCGCAAUAACGUUUUCACAUUUGGUCAGAGAUAAAACUGUUUUUUCUUUUAUUGUUAAAAUAAUUUUUGUAGUUCGUAAUACGACACUUUGUUUGUAAUUUCAUUAAAAUUCAUUAGCCAGUUAUUACGUUUACGGUAGAAAAUUUCAUAUUAAGUGAUACAUAUAUUUGUUGUGAAUUGUUACCUAAGGGACGUACUACCCUUUAGUAAAGCUUCUUUUUCACAGACUUUUAAGUAACUAUCAAUGGGCAUACGUAUGAUCUAGAUUAAGUUAGCCUUCAGUGUUGUAAACAGUGUUUUAUACAAUGUAAUCUUACCAAUUGUACUAUGUCGUAACAAUUUUUAUCGAACUUCAGAAUGUGUGCGAGAGUUUUAUAUUUUAUUUAGGUAUUAGCUGGCAGGUGUUUACAAAAACAACAUCACGUAUAGGAAAUCUGAGAAAUUGUUACGAACAAAUGCAACAUCAAAGUCUUAAGUACGAAUAAGUUAAUAGAGUAAUAUUAUAUUGAAUAAACGAACAUUUUUGUAAUA